AUCAACCGAUAACACAAGAACACGCCGUCUAAAUUGGAGUGCUUUGGCCUCGAGGAAGUUGACCUGUGCUGAAAAACUGCUUUCAGUUUCCACUGUGGAAGGAUGGCCGGAGUUGACGCAUCGGAAUCGAUUCACCCUUUCAUACCUGCAGAUCUCAUUCUGCAGGAUUAUGUGCCGAUUAUACUCUCUCAAUCUACAAUUCUCAGUGUUUAUGGCUGCGCUUCCCUCCUUGUCGUCUCCUUCGUCUGGAUCCUCGCCGGGCGAUUUCGUAGAAUAACAAAACUUGACAAAGUUCUAAUGUGCUGGUGGGUUUUCACUGGGCUCACCCACAUGAUCCUCGAGGGUUACUUUGUUUUCACUCCAGAAUUUUUCAAGCAGACAUCUCCCACUUACCUUGCAGAAGUUUGGAAAGAAUACAGCAAAGGUGACUCCAGAUACGUUGGAAGAGAUUCAGCUGUAGUUGCCAUUGAAGGAAUCACAGCUGUUCUUGAGGGUCCAGCUUGCAUUCUAGCUGCGUAUGCUAUAGCAACAAGAAAGUCAUAUAGUCAUAUUCUUCAAAUAGCUAUUGCUCUUGGACAACUGUAUGGGACAGCUGUCUAUUUUGUAACUUCAUACUUAGAAGGUGAUAACUUUGCUGCAAGUCCGUUUUAUUACUAUUCUUAUUACAUCUUUGCAAAUUCAUUUUGGGUGUGGAUACCUUCACUGAUUGUCAUCCGAUCGUGGAAGAAGAUAUGUGCUGCUGUAGACAACACACAAGAACACAAAAAGACCAAAACGCGAUAGUUAAAACUACUUCCUUAUUGUUAUUGUUAUUGUUAUAAUUUAUGAUUAUUAGCCCUGUAUUGUUAUUUAUUUUGGAAGCGUUUGUUU